GUCAGGUACCUCCUAAGGGCAUCCCCUUCCAAGGGCUAGACCCCAGGACUGUACUGUACAAUAGUGCUCCAUACCAGCCCACCCAUAAGUGGCGCUAGGUAUUAAGUAGAUUCAUCCUCCAUUUGCUCCUCCGACCGACGGUCUCGCAGUGGAAACUUGAACCUUCACCUCCAACCAUCCCAACAAGACGAACGUACCUACAGUCCAUAAUUUUACCGAUUCCCCGCCGGACUCUUCCGCUUUCGCUCGCUGAGGUCCUCCUUUUUCACAAGGAGCUUUUUUUUUCACGCUUCUAAUUCUUUUUUCCUGCAUUUGAACCAACAGCGCCCAGUGCGUGAACACUGAACAAUAUGGCUGAUUCGCUUACUGAAGAGCAAGUUUCCGAGUUCAAGGAGGCCUUCUCCUUGUUUGACAAGGACGGCGAUGGACAAAUCACCACCAAGGAGCUCGGCACUGUCAUGCGCUCGCUCGGCCAGAACCCUUCUGAGUCGGAGCUGCAGGAUAUGAUCAACGAGGUCGAUGCUGACAACAACGGCACCAUCGACUUUCCCGAGUUCCUCACCAUGAUGGCCAGGAAAAUGAAAGAUACCGACUCGGAGGAAGAGAUCCGGGAAGCUUUCAAGGUCUUUGACCGCGACAACAACGGCUUCAUCUCGGCCGCCGAGCUUCGUCACGUCAUGACGUCUAUCGGCGAGAAGCUCACCGAUGACGAAGUUGACGAGAUGAUCCGUGAGGCUGACCAGGACGGUGACGGACGUAUCGACUACAACGAGUUCGUCCAGUUGAUGAUGCAGAAGUAAAAGAACGGGGGCGUGGCUCUUGUUUAAUCAAGCAUUCAGAUAUUGAUUGUUUCUUAGCUUUCUUUCUGAGUUUGGCUUCCUCGAAACGAGUGAAUCGAGCAGCAAUAUUUGGGAAAACCUCUUUUUAAACCAUUUGAAUUUCUGCUAUACGAUGAUAUCCCGCCGGCUCCAUAAACGAAAGGAAUGAAGAGAAAAAAAGGGCAACGCGGGUUAUGACAAGACAAGAGCACUGUACCAGCAAACUAUGCUUUCUUUGUGUCCGUCUCUGCCUGUCACUGCUUGGUGUUUCUCAUCUGGUGAACUCAGACUGCUAUGAAGCCGUUUUGAUGCUUAAGAACACCAAAUCAUGGAUGCAUCAGGAUGUCGCAUUGGAGAGAAGCUUUUCAUAACUACCUACAUACGCCAGCCAUGCUUUUCUAGAAAUGAAUAGGCAGUUCCUUGAUGCCUUUAUUCUUGGCUCACCGUCAGAAUUGAUCCUUCAAUGUAAGGUACCUAGGCAUUCCCGACGGCUCGGAACCUCCCAUGAAAGCUCUUCGCCAUUCA